UCGAUACAUUUUUUGAACAAACAUACUAAUUUCAUAUAGGGCACUUCAACUUUCAAAAGUGGAGUUAAAAAUAGGAUGAAUAGGCAUUGCCCUUAUUGUCAUUUUCUCUCUCCUCGUCCUUUCUCUGUCUGCUGAAAAUCCCAUCCCAGUGUACAGACAAACCACUCCUUCGAAGUAAGCAGAGAAGAAAUUUCCCCACAAAAAGAAUGAAUAUUUGAAAAAGAAAGAAAUUGUUUCAAACCCUAACAACUUAGAGCCUCGAAACGCUUUGUUCUUUCUCUGUCCCUACAAUGGAGUCUUUGUCGCGGCCAUCUCACAGAAGCAAGCUCACAAGCGCCGCCGCCAAUGGCGUCUCAUUUUCUGCUAAAAACGCGUACGACGACGUUUUCUCGGCCGCCCCGAAGAAGCGAGCCACCGGGCCGACCCGACCCGUGUGGGACUACGCCGAGAUCUUCGGACCCUCCCGCGGGUCCUCCAUUCCGGUUCUCGAUCUUUCGUCCCUCGAGGACCGAGCCGCCGCCGGGUCGGGCGACGAUUUCCUCAGCUCCAAAAUUGAUUAUUCCAAUAUUUUUGGUGGGUCAUGUGAUGAUGAUAUUGCUUUGCCUUAUGAGGAAGUGGUUGCUGAAAGAGGAAAGCAACGGUCUUCUGGUACAGCUGGGACUUCUUCUCAAGAAUCAAAUCAUUGCAUUUCUUCUAAUAAUGAAACGAAUGAAGUCUUUGCGAGUGACUCUUCUUCUGAUCAAUCUGUUGAAGGGGAAAAACGUGUUAAUAUGUCAUAUCAUAAGACCAGUCAAGGAGCUGAAGAUGGUUUGAAUGAAAUGACACGUAUCGCUCAGCUUCAUGCUGUUUCUGGAUUUACCUAUUUUAUAGACGAAACCGUCCCUCUAAAGUCAAGGGAUGGCAGUGUGUCCCCACCACCGGUACAUGUGAAAAUUGAAAAGGAAUGUAGUGGGGAAAUACACAAAAGGUCUAGUUUUGAUGGAUUUCAUUUCAGUGAUAAUUUAUCUAAUUCAGAGUUAACUUCAUCAAAAUUAACCAAACCCUCAAUUUCGAUGUUUGAUGACAAUAAUCUUCAUGCUCAAACAAAAUCUGAAAAGGAUGGGUUUCAGAGAGCUCCUGCCACUGAGUCAUCAUCACCUUCGUCUAAUGAGGAGCUCGAUGCAAAUUCAGAUGCAGCUGUUUCUGCAGCUGCGCUGAAGAGGGCUAUAGAGAAAGCUCAAGAGAGCAUAAGGCUGGCAAAAGAGCUAAUGGAGAGAUACAAGGAAGGUAUUCCAGGUCAUCAAAAGCAACAGAACUCAAAAAUUGGGGAUAAAGAAGAGCGUAGAAAAGGGCGCAACUCAAAGAAUACUAAAGCAAAAGACACAGUCCCUCAUCAUGACCAUGCAUUUAAAAAUGGAGAUAUUGCUUCGUUUCUAAAACAAUGUGUAGAACUUUCUACCAAUGAGGACACCAACAAGUCUGAAUGCCAUAGGGAAACCAUUUCAGCACCUGAGAGUGAUGCUGCUCCAGCAGCAGAAACAUUGUCAUUUGAAAAGUUAAAUUCUAAAAAACACAGAGUGUGGACCGUUGCGUCUCAGGAUGUAGAGGACAAGAAUAAAGAUGUGAAGACAAUUGCUGAAAACAGUCCUGAUCCGCGGUGGGCUAUGGAUAAACCAGGAAAAUGUGAGAGUCUUGAGUUUGGAAUCAUUGAGGAGAAAGACGAAGUUUUUCAUGAUAUGGAGAGUCUUGAGCAAAUGCAUGAUAAUAAUGAAGAAGAAAACAUUAUGAUCCAAGAACUCGAGAAUGAUGCUCUAGUCAACGGAAUCCCCAAGCUGUCCAAAAAUGAGCAGGAAAGGCGGGAGUAUGUUGAAUGUGAUGAACUGCAGAAAGCAGUAGGAGAUGCUCAUGACUGUAAACAGAUAACCAAGAGAGCACGGAAGACAUGGAACAAAACAGAAAUUGACUUAGAACAUAGAGGAAAUUAUCUUUGGGUUGAAAAUGAAAAUGAACUUUGUCUUGAAGAAACCUGUGAGGAUAACCACCAGGUUUCACAGGAAGGAGAAGCACGCGAUGAGAGGUCAAAUGGAGCUUGUGUGCCCAUUAUUCAUGAGUGCAAAGAGACAGAGAGACUAGAUGAAGAGCAUGCAAGGCCAUCAGAUGAGGUUCACAAGCCUGGCACAGAUGGAGUGGAAGAGUCUGAGAAGAAAAUAGAUGAAGAACAAGUAAGGGUGGAGGAGAGAAUUCAAGAGGUUUACAAAAAUGAAGCCAUUAGUUGUAAAGACAGUGAGGAGAUUGAAGAAAAACAGGAAAAUCAACAUAUUGAAGCAAUGAAAGGAGCUGCUGAAGAAAUUGAGAAUGUGGAAACAGAAACUGAUACAGACGACGAAUUUCAGGAGAUAAAUGUAACUCUAAAUGGGGUUGAAGAAAUUGAGAGUGGGGAAAGAGAAACAGAUAUUGAUAAAGAAUAUCAGGAAAAAAAUGCAACUCUCAACUGGACUGAAGAAACUCCAUGUACACAAAGUGGAGCCACUGAUGUUACCCCGGCAGCUUCUGAUGAGCAGAAGCCUUACCUGACUCCUAGUGCAUGCAAUGGCUAUGCAAGUUAUUGGUUGAAUGAAAUUCAAGAAGAUUGCACGCUCAAAGCAAAAGAAAUCAGUGUGGAAACAAAUGAACAGAAUGCAACUCAUGAAGAAAAUGAGGGACUCCAGGGGGUUGCUGAUACGUUCUCCAAGCUUGAAGAGUAUAGCAAGGAAUACCAUACUACUGGUGAGCUUCAAAGUGCUCUUGGACAAGACCUUUGCCAGAAUGGAAAGGAAGGUACUGGUGAGGACCAAUUUUGUGAUACCGCUGGAGAAAAUACUGAUUCCAUGAAACAUAAGCAAGAAAUUCCAAAUGAAAGGGAAGAUUCUGAAACUGAUAGAUUGACUCACAUUGUAAUGCAAAUUGAAAGGGUGGCCUUUGAAAAAGAUAGUUUGGCCAACAACAUCUCUGAUGAGAAUGUCAGUGGGUGCAAAUCAGAUUUAAAUGAUGAACCUGAGAUCCAAAGUUCUGAAGAAGUUGUAAAUUUAGAUUUUAGUGGCAUAGACCCCGGGGAGAAAAUCAUUGCCGAGAAUGGUAAAGAACCGGAGGUGUCCUCAGAUGCUGUCAAUGGUGUGUAUGUGAGAGUAGAGUCUGCAUUGGGCGAGGGAACCAUCAAGGAGGAUGAAUUCGUGAAUGAUGAUGAAGCAGACGAAGAUGAUGUUAAAACGAUUCGUAAAGAAAUCUGCUCUGCUGAGAAUAAAAAGGAACAGGAAACUUCGGACUUUCCUUCAAACAAAAAUGAGGAAUGUACAGCAGGUGAUGGAGAAAAAAAGGAAACAAACAGUUCCAAGAAAAUCCCCGAAGAAUGUGAAAUCAAAAAAUCUGGGGAAAAAUUUGCAGGUGAUAAAGAUCAAUGUGGUAAACUUGAAGUAGGCAAGAAAGAAAGAGAGCGCGACCUAGAAAGAAUAGCUGUCGAAAGAGUCAUCCGCGAAGCUCGUGAGAGAGCAUUUGCUGAGGCCCGAGAAAGAGCUGCUGCUGAAAGGGCAACAGCUGAAGUUCGACAAAGGGUAAUGGCUGAGGCAAGGGAAAAGGUUGGGAAAUCUUCUUCUGCAGGAAGCAAACAAUCACUUGUCAAAGCUUCUUCCGAAGCGAAGCUUAGAGCAGAACGUGCUGCUGUGGAGAGAGCAACUGCUGAAGCACGUGAACGUGCUUUAGAAAAGGCUUUGUCGCAGAAGUCCACUGCUGAAGUAAAAGUGAUGGGAGAAAAAUUUGGCAACAGAAAGUAUUCUGGUGGUGCUUCUCAAGAGAACAUGUUGAAGCAUUCCAUUUCUUCUGACUUGGAGAGGGUUAAUGCAUCCACUGAAUCAGCUCAGAGGAGAAAAGCCAGACUGGAAAGACACCAGAGGAUAACAGAACGAGCAGCAAAAGCUCUGGCAGAGAAGAACAAGCGUGAUUUUCUUGCUCAGAAAGAGCAAGCAGAGAGAAAUAGACUAGCAGAACCUCUGGAUGCUGAGAUCAAGAGAUGGGCUAAUGGGAAGGAAGGGAACCUGCGAGCACUUCUUUCUACUCUCCAAUAUAUCCUUGGACCUGAUAGUGGUUGGCAACCAAUCCACAUGACUGAGAUCAUAACAGCAGCUGCAGUGAAAAAAGGUUACAGGAAAGCUACUCUUUGUGUUCAUCCUGACAAAUUGCAGCAAAGAGGAGCCAGUAUUCAGCAAAAGUACAUAUGCGAGAAGGUCUUUGAGAUGCUCAAGUCUGCAUGGAACAAAUUCAACUCCGAGGAGAGGUAAAGAUUGAAAAGGUUGCAGAUUGUUGUGCGUAUUUGGUUCGCUAUUCUUUUUCAAGAAUGGGGGGAAUGGAAUCGAGGGUCCAAGGCGUUUCGCCCUGUAUUUAUAAUAGAUUAGAUUGAAGUAGCUUAGAGAGUAUUUAUAUUUACGUAUUAGAAUCACGUAGCCAGAAACUCCGAAGUUCAUUGGUUCCUCAUUAUUUGGAAAGAUCAAAACCAUUGUUUCAGCUUAGCCAAACCCAUGAUGUGUGUAUUAAAAGAGCAUCUCCAAAGGGAAAGGCUAUUAUCCCUCCUCCUAGUGGUAAAACACUACUCCGUAUUUUGAAGAGUCAUUGAGUAAAAAGUUGUCCAAGUA